AGGAAAUGUGCUAACUCAGUAUAAUUAUGCUAAUGGUAUUAUAGGGUAUAUAAAGGUACAUGAGAUAGUAACAUAAUCAGUAGAUUAUGCAGAAUGACUAAACUAAGUGUUCCUCUACUGUCUUUGCUCUCCAUUGCACUAGCCUGGUCCUCGGUGACUGCAGGCUCGGGGUGCAGCUGGACUGGCCGAAUGCCUGGCCCCGGAGGAAGUGCUCCCUGUCCCUCACCCACCAACAGUCAAGAAUGCCCUAGAACACCUUCUUACGAGGAGAUCGAUGCGCAAGGAAAACUUUGGACAUGCCCCAGUUACACUAAAUCCAAUGGAGGACAAUAUUUUGGCAAUUGUACCAAAGGACAAGGCCCCAACCCUCUCUGCAGUUUUGACGCAACGUCCCCCAAGUUUGGUUGUUGUUGUCCACUAGAUGGUUGCUGGACACCUCCGUACUUCAACUGGAUUAUUGCCACCUGUAAAGCAAGUGGCUGUGGUGCCUAUAAGAACACACCAAGCACUCAGAAGUACAAAGACGCUGGAAGUGAAGUUAUCGUAAACUAUGCCGCUUCGUAUCAAUGGAACAGUGUGCAAAGAUUAUGGCAACUUGUGCCAGAAUCUUCAUUCAACACUGAUGGUUCGCAACCACCUUAUGACACUUUACGACCCAACGGGGGACUAAAGACUCCAUGGAUGCAGCCGCAGCCUGGAGGUGCAGCGGACUGGUCAUGGGGCUAUUAUCCAGCUGGUGUGAAAGGUGUAGGCCCUCCAGGCAUGAUGUUUGUCAUCUCAACAGAGAAAUCGUUCAACCUUGCCUGGUACAUGCUGAAUCAAGUCACUCUGGACAAAGGGCCUACUACUGGAUAUCCGAACAACAAGUGUCCCUAUGGUAAUAACAAUUGCUGGGCUACAGCGAAUUCUGGAGAAAUCGACUUUUUGGAGUCUGCUUGGACUGUGAAUGCUGGAGCUGCAGAUAAUUACAGAAGGCUAUACUCUACUCAGUGGAAUCAAGUUGGUCGAUCGUUUAUUGGUGAUCAAGGAUCGACUUGCAAUGCAGACGGUGGAUGGUUCAAUGAUCAAGAGGCCUCAAACAAUUAUUUCCUCGGGACUGGCUACAACCAGAGUGUACCUUACAUCUUUGUAGCAGUUGUUGACCACAUUGGAACAUUUAUAUACCGCAUUCCGGCAUCGAUGGUGGAGUCAGUCUGGCCUGGUCUCUCUCGUACUACAGCUGCCUGUACUGUUUCUGCCCGCCCUACCCGUCGCCCUGAUAACAGCGGCCCCCCAUGUGAUGACACUCACCCCUAUUGUGCUCUCUUCCUCCCUAACUGUCAGGCAUCAGACUGGGGUGGGGCCUCAGCCGGUCGCCAGGGUGGUGCAAACCAAGGUUGCAAGGUGAAUGGUCAACAAGGAUGGUGUAAGAACUGGUGGAAUCUCCUCGACAACACGGAGCAGUGGCUGUGGCCUGAGAAUGGCCAUCCAAGUGUGGUACAAUAUCAAACGCCAGCUGCUCCUGUCGCUAAUCCAUGGAAUUAUGAGAUGGAGGCGUGGAAAGUGGACUGGAAAGGACAACCGAAGUACAAUGCAGGAUGUUGUGUCAAGAACACUGGACAUUGUCCUAAAGUUUAACUUAUAAUUAUAAUAUAUACAGUAGUACUGUUGUAAACUGUGAGUGUAUGUGUACAUAUAUUCAUCCCCCUUAUUCAUACUCAGAUUGACUGAACAGCAAAUUAAUGUUUUUUCAUAAUUAUGACAAA